GAUGUGGUGAGUGGAUGAGAUUUAACGUUCUUUCUUUGUCAACAAUAUAAACAUAGAAGCAAAUAGAUAUAGAAAGAGAAACAACAGUGUACAACUCUGUUGAUCAGUGCGUGUUGCGUUUGUUCAUGCAAACACACAAUAAAAUCGAGGAGACGUACAUAACCAAAAAUACGAGAAUCGAAGAGUCGCAGCGCCUCGAAAUUUAACGUACGUUAUAUAGAUUGUGCGUCGUUGUGUAAUCGUGUUUAUCAGUUGUGGCGGUAAAAGUGACCAAUUCGAUUAGUCGGUGAUCGUGACGAAUUUAUUAUAUCAAAAGUAUUCGUCGAAGAAUACACGGAAAAGGAAAGAAAAACGAGAAGCAAGAUUCCGUUCCCGCUGACAUUUGGAAGAAGAACGUCACUUUCAACUGUGCCCUUAUUUCGAUGGUAUGAGAUACUAUCGCAUUGAAGACGAAUCGAACGAUCGAAACAAGUUUCACAGUGAAGAAAGAGGGAAGGAACAAAGAGAAGAGGCGCGCGUCAGUCGUCGUUGAUCUGUCAAGAGUGGAACGCGUAGUCUGACAAUCAUUCCUUGCAUUUAUCAUUGGAGGUCUGAUCUCGGUGCUUUUGUCCCCGCAUUGCGGCAGUAUGAAAUAACAAGAGGUUUGAUUUGAUCGACAAAACCGACGACGGUAGAGAGUCAGCGACCGCCUGAUUCGUAGCGUCCGUACUCAGUCCUCAGUGUAGGCUAGUCGGGUGCUAGGUAGUCGUCUCGACGAUUUCCCAACGCUCGUUUCCUUGCUAAAUCUUCAUUAAAUCUCGACAACGAGAUUUCAUUGCUCAAAAGUCUCUCGACGCAUCAGUGUCAUUCCCGGUUCGCUAACCAGUGUAAAGAUACAACCACUUUUACGAAGGUGUUCUCGAACGAGAGAGGUUAUCUUCGAAUAAACAGAACGCAAAGAAUGUUACAGAAUUCAUCGUGAUUUUUAUUCAUUACGUAAUCAUUGAUUUUCACAACAAUUACACCAUCAGUGUCGCAGAUCGUCUAACAAAAUAGAGGAGAGGAGAGAUUAACGAAAUUCGAAUAAUUUUGACAACUGUUCGAUACACACGCACAAACAUGGCGGCAAGCAUAUGUAUGCAGCGUAAUUGCACCGAACCCAGCGGAUUUUUUUAUGACAUGAUCACUGAAGAUAUGUGGGCGCCGUGGGAAGCCACGAUAGAAUAUUUGGAACAUACGCCAUGGAUAUUUUCUUUACUGGGAAGCACCAUGAUCGGACUGACAGGCAUCUUCCCUUUGCUAAUCAUCCCUAUUGAAGAAGGUGCCGAUUUAAAAAAUGGAGCCGGUGCUGGCACGUUGAAAGUAUUGUUAAGCUUCGCAGUCGGCGGUCUUCUGGGCGAUGUCUUCUUGCAUCUGCUACCGGAAGCAUGGGGGAACAGCUCCUUGAAAACAGGAUCGAAUGCUGGACAUCCGUCGAUGAACUGUGGACUAUGGGUGCUAGGAGGCUUUCUAGUCUUCGUCAUACUGGAGAAGUUGUUCGGCUUCGAGCAGGAGGUUGAAAACGAGGAUGUUUCGUCCACUAAACCGGAAGUGUGCGAAAAAAGCAACGCAGAGGCUGAGAAAGAAAUGGAGAACAAUAACAGUAUCAAUCUGAUCGGGAGCAAUCCGAAGAAUGACUUCUCGAAAACCAUUGAUAAGUUGGAGCCCUUUUUGAAGAAGAACGGAUACUCACAGUUACCAAACGGUUACAAAGACGCACGUAAUAAGAACGGCUACGUUACCAACGGCAUUAAGCCAGUAUUAAUGUGUGACGAGCUAUCAAAGACAUCAGAAGCUUUGCCACUAGAGGAAACGAAGGAUUGUCUGAUUAAGAAGCUCGCUAAAACUAAUAGUCUCUCCGGCAAUCUCUCUAAUGGUUACCCCAAGCAGAAUAAUCUAAUGAACGUUGGCGAUGAAAAAAAGACUGUUGCAAAGGAGAAGUCGAAACAUAUAACCGGCUAUCUUAAUCUGAUGGCCAAUAUCAUAGACAACUUUACUCAUGGAUUGGCCGUUGGUGGUUCCUUCUUGGUGUCCUUCCGUUUGGGCGCUCUCACGACGUUUGCCAUCCUCAUACACGAGAUUCCUCACGAAGUUGGAGAUUUCGCGAUUCUUCUACGCAGUGGAUUCAACAGAUGGGAUGCUGCGCGGGCGCAGCUUUUCACUGCUAGCGGUGGCAUUUUUGGAGCCAUGUCGGCGGUGCUCUUCUCAGGCGGUGAAGUUGGAGCGAAGACGAACUGGAUAUUACCGUUCACCGCUGGUGGUUUCCUACACAUCGGCAUGGUGACCAUUCUACCUGAGCUGCUUAAGGAAUCUAGUCCAAAGGAAUCGUUGAAGCAGCUUAUAGCGUUGCUCUUCGGUAUUCUCGUGAUGGCAGUUUUAACGAUCCUCUGCGACUAGUAGAGUUACACUGUUGUCCUGUAAUAGCGUUUAGGUUCAACCUGUCGGACUAUGCUCGACGCAUAUCGAGCGUAGAAUUUUUUCUAUUAGUAUACCUCGAUAUAUGUCGGAACGAGAGUAAUUCGAGUUUGCCAUAAGAAGUUCUACCGCGGUGGUAUAUUUGUUGCUCAAUGAUGAUGCAUCUGCGACGGGAGACAUUGGAGACGAGGAACGAUGAUUAACGACUGACCAAAGCCUUAAUAUCGUUUAUUAUAAACAUUUGUAUUGAAUUUAGAUUGAAAUAGGAUAUCGUAGUUAUUUCGUGGCUAGUACUUUCGCACGUUCGAUCUAAUCGCGGUCUUUUCCUUUUUAGUUUUUCUAUGAUUAUUUGAUUUAGUAGUGCGUGUCGUUUUUUGUUUUCACUUGGGUAAAGUUCAUCCUCGAUCGUCGAUCUCCUUUUUGCGGUAGUUAAACUUCUUCUAAUAGUGAGAAGGGAAAAGUAUCUAAAAGAAAGAUGAAGGAGAGUAUUUGUAUGAAUUAUUUUUAUAUUUUUCGAUCGUUUAUUGGGGAUCGUAUUAUUGGUAAUUCGGUAUUAUCGAUUUAUAUUGAUAUAUUAAGGGAUAUUGUUAUGAACCUGGCAUAGUUUAUACACAAAUACACAUAUGUUCCUCCGUAAACUAUCGAAAACGCGAUGCAGGGAAACGUCAUUCCGUUUCUAUGAUAUCGACUUACUUUGCACUUAAACUUUGUUAUCUAGACGUUACAUUAUGAAAGCAGUAUUGACGAAUGACUUGGAUCAUCGUGUACAUAAUGUUUAUGCUUCCUUGUUUACUGUUUAAAAAAAAAUAAGAAACCUUGAAACUAAAAAAAAAUUUUUGUAAAUUACGUACAGACAGAUAAGUGUGGUUUUUCGGUUGUGUGUAUCGAUUUGUUCGAUACGCGUAUUCCGAGAAAUGUAUAUUUUUAAGUUCCUACAGUUUGUUGUAAAUAAUGUAAUGAAUCUAUCUUACUGUGAAAACAACAAAAAAUAUUCCUGAGAAUUAACAAAAAAAAUUUGUAUAUCGUAACAGAGUGGAAACAAAUCAUAUGAAAUACUACGUAAAAUCACUAAAAUUGGUAUGUAGAUAUAUAGAGUCAUUGUAUUUAAUAAAAUUCGAAAGUUUAUGUAAUAUCAAGUAUUUUAGAGAAUUUGUGGAUUAGAUGAGUCAUUGAGACCAAGUGUCCAUCUAUUCUCCAUUGUCUCGUGUAUCAUUUCGAAAGAUGCAAGUCUUAUAAACCGCACAAUAUGAACGUAAUCCUUGUACUUAAAGAAAAACAAGGGAUUCUUUCACGACAAAAUACUUGGUACAUGAGCGUCCUUUUUAAGCACGUGUAAAUAGAAGUUCGGAACUUACGAAGCUGGUUUAAUCAGCGACUUCGCAAGUAUAUUUUCUAUAAACUAUGGCUAC